AUGUCGAAGAAAAAAGUUAGUGUAUGGAAGGAGAACAUUUAUAUGUAUGUGCAGUUCAAGAGGGACUGGCUACUAAUUGCUACCAUGGUCUUAACAACUAUUGCAAAUGGGUUAGUGCCAGCUGUUACAUCAAUUCUAACCGGUAAAGUUUUUGACCUAUUAAAAGAUUUUGCUGAUCCAAAUAUACCAAAAGAUCAUAAUUUAUAUCAUCAAUUGGUUUUACGUUCUAUGUCUUUAAUGGCGCUGGCUGCUUGUGCAUUCCCUCUUAUCUGGACUUCAAUUUCCACCUGGAUGUCAUUUGGUGAAGGACAAGGGUUUACUGUGAGAUAUAGAAUGUUGAAUUCAUAUUUAGAUAAAUCAAUGGAAUGGUAUGAUAAAAAAGAAAAUUUAUCUGGUGAUUUCACUCAAUUAAAUAGAUGUGUCGAAGAACUAAGAGCUAGUUCAGCAGAAGCUUCUGCAAUCACUUUACAAAAUAUAAGUUCCAUGCUUUCAUUGAUUGGUGUCUCUUUUUAUUAUUCUUGGUCAUUGACACUUAUCAUUUUAUGUGGUACACCACUAUUAAUUAUAUUAGCAUUCAUUUUCUCAAGAUCAAUUCAAAAAUAUGCAGCUUUAGAAAAUACCGAAUCUGGGCUGGCAGCUGAUUUAUUGGCAUGGUCAAUGAAUUCUGCCCAAAUGAUUAAAUUAUCAUGUACGCAAUUAAAAGAAAUUGAAAGUUUUGAAGAACUAACUUUAAAAUGUAAUGAUUAUUUUAUUAAACUAAGUUUGUACGUUGCUGCAAAUAUUUCUACAUUGAGAUUUUUAUCAUUGGCAAUGUUUGUCCAAGGGUUUUGGUUUGGUAACACUGAGAUUAGAAAGGGGAACUUAAACAUUAGUGACGUUAUCACUUGUUUCUCCUCAUGCUUAAUGUUAGGUUCCACUCUAAAUACCACUCUGGGUUAUUUAAUCUUUCUACAAAAGGGUCAAGUUGCAUUAAGAAAGAUUCAAUCAUUUUUAAAUGAUAAUAAAGUAGAAAUCGAUGAAAGUGCUUUAAAACAAAUUGAUAUUUCAAAAGCUGACAUUUCUUUCCGUCAUGUCAGUUUCUCAUAUCCUAGCAGACCAGCUGAUGAUGUCUUAAAUGAUAUAUCCAUAGAUUUCUUAAGUGGCAAAACUACUUUUAUUGUAGGUAGAUCUGGUUCUGGUAAGUCAACCUUAUCGAAUUUGUUACUAAAGCUUUACGAUGAAUAUGAUGGGUAUAUUUCAAUUGGAAGUACACAUAUUAGAGAAAUCGAUCAACAGGUCCUUAUUAAAAAUAUCACAGUUGUUGAACAACGUUGUACUUUAUUUAAUGAUACCCUUGUCAAUAACAUUUUAUUAGGUUCUCAAGAUGAAGAUAAAAGUAGCCCGGUAGUUCAAAAGAAGCUUAAAGAAGCCAUAAAAAUGGCCUGUUUAGAAUCAGUGAUCGAUUCACUCUCUAACGGUCUGGAUACCAUAUUAGGUACUGGUGGUAUUUCAUUAAGUGGUGGUCAACAACAGAGAGUUGCAUUAGCAAGAGCAUAUAUGAGAGAUACAGAAGUGUUGAUAUUAGAUGAGGCAGUGUCAGCUUUGGAUAUUGUUCAUCGUGAACAAUUGAUGUCGAAUAUUACUAAAUGGCGUCAAGGAAGAACAACAAUUAUAUUAACCCACGAAUUAUCUCAAAUCUCAAUCCAAGAUUAUCUAUACGUUGUCGAAGAAGGUAGAAUUAUUGAAAGUGGUUUCCAAGGUCAAUUGAUGUACGAUCCUGAUAGUGCCUUCUGUCGUAUGAAUAUUUUACAAAACGUACAUGACAAAUAUGAGAAUAAUGAUCGAUUUUCUAGUGUCACUUUGGAGGAUGAAAUGCAUUCAGCCCUAGAUUGGGUUUAUAAAGAUGAUCUAAUAACUCCUAUCACUGGAGAGAAUCAAAUAUUAAAAAAUAUUGAUAAAUAUAUUAUUAAAGAUAAUUUUAGCAUUAAAGAAGUCGAUAAAGUUUCGGUUAGAUCGACAGAUAAUUCAUUUACAUCUGAUGAUAGUUUACCAAAAGACAUAGAAGGAAAACCAAAAGUGAUGACACUGCGUGAAGUUAUUAAAAGAAUGAUAAGAGAUGCUAGAUCUAAGAGCAUUCUGGUGUUUGGUUUGGUAUGUUCAAUUGCUGCAGGUGUCGCUAAUCCUAUCUUUUCUUGGGCAUUCAGUUAUUUAUUAAACGGUAUUGUUCCAACUGUAGAUGGUCCUGGGUCUCCCUCAUAUCUAGUGAAAUGGUCCAUUAUUGUUUUAUGUGUUUCAGGUGCGGAUGCUGUAUCAAAUUUUUUGAAAACCUUUAUUUUAGGUUACUGUAGUGAAUAUUGGAUUAUGGAUUUGAGGAAUAGAGCUAUGGAAGAAAUUGCUCAGAAGAAAUUGGAAUGGUUUUCAAGAGAAGAAAAUAAGUCUCCAGAAAUAGCUGCUCUAUUAAUGAAUGAUUUGAGAGAUUUGAGAUCUUUGGUAAGUCAAUUUUUAAGUGUCAUUUCUACCUUCUUAACAGUAUCUCUAGUUGGUUUAAUUUGGGCCAUUGCUACAGGUUGGAAGUUAAGUUUAGUUUGUAUUUCUAUGUUCCCACUUAUUGUGAUAUUUUCAAUUAUUUAUGGUACAGUUUUAAAGAACUAUGAAACCACUUACAAAACGAAGGUUGCUAAUUUAGAAAAUUUGGAAUAUGAAAUAAUUACAGGUGUCAAGACUAUUAAAUGUCUGCAACUACAAAAUCAUUUUAAGAAGUGCUAUCAUAAAUUAAAGGAUGAAAUGGGUCAAAUUGCAAGGAAGCGUGCUAUCGUUACUGGUCUAGGUAUUGCUAUUACUACUGCUAUAGCAACUACAAUUCAAUCAAUUUUAUAUUACUAUGGGUUGAAAUUAGUAAUGGAUGGAGAGUAUUCAACAAGAACUAUGUUCCAAACAUUCACUUUACUUUUAUUUACUGUCAUGACGUGUAAUAGCUUAAUCAGCCAAAUUCCUGACAUUAGCAGGGGCCAGAGAGCUGCUAGUUGGAUUUACAGAAUUAUUGAGGAAAGUGAAGACACUAAGGAACAAACCAUCACAGAUGGAAGAUUUGACGAGAUACAUUGUGGUGAGAAGGUGGAUAAAACUCAACCUCUAGUUUCAAUUCAUAAUUUGGAGUUUGCAUAUCCAACAGCUCUAGACGUAAAUAUUUACGAUAAUUUAAGUUUAGAUUUGAAUGUUGGGCAAACAGUGGCCAUUGUUGGUGAAUCUGGUUCAGGUAAAUCCACAUUGGUUUACUUAUUAACAAAAUUAUAUCAAGUUGCUGAUAAUUGCAUAGAUAUCGAUGGUACUGAUGUCAAUGAGUGGGAUAAUGAAACGUUGAGAAGACAAAUAUCUGUUGUUGAACAGAAGCCAGUCUUGUUUCCUGGGACAGUGAGAGAAAACUUAAUAUACGGUUUAUAUUUCAGUCCACUAGAGAUUGAUAUUAUCGAUAUAUUAAAGUAUGUCGGUGUUUACGACUUUAUUGAAUCAUUACCAGAAGGCCUUGAAACAUCAGUGGAUACUUCAUUGAUAUCUGGUGGCCAAGCCCAAAGAUUAUGUAUUGCAAGAGCGUUAUUGCGUAAACCAAAGAUUUUAAUUUUAGAUGAAUGUACAUCCGCUUUAGAUGCCAAUAGUUCCAAAAUUAUCAAUGAUAUAGUGGCUAAAGGUCCUCCAUCCUUGCUAACAAUAUCAAUUACACACAACGAACAGAUGAUGAGAUCUUGUAACACCGUAGCAGUUCUAAAAGAUGGUAAAAUCUGCGAAACUGGUCCAUUCAAUAAAUUAUUUAAACCAGGUAAUGAACUUUACAAGGUGGUAGCUAACUUAGAAUAA